GAUGGGGAAGCGGAACCGCUGGGACUCGGACUCGGACUCCGGCGAUGAGCGCGCCUCGAGGCGCAAGCAGAAGCUUCCCAGUCGCAGUAAAUCUCCAUCCAACUCCGCUGAUAUCUCCUCUCUAAAUGCCAGCACUUCCAACGUACUUACACACUCUACAGCCGCUGCAAUCGCCCUUCCAGAUGACCCAGCGAGACACAAUUUUUACCUUUUGGGCUGCCGCAGCGUCGAUUGCUACGCGCGUAUCGGUAAAAUCGACGAGGGCACAUAUGGUGUCGUGUCCAAGGCGCGAGACAAGGAAACGGGCGACAUCGUGGCGCUUAAACAGGUAAAGAUGAGCGCUGAUGUUAGCCAGGAAGGCUUCCCCAUCACGGCAUUGCGUGAGACCAACGUGCUGCUAGCUUUGGACCACCCGAACAUUGUUCAGGUGCGCGAGAUGGUGGUGGGGUCCACACCUGAUAAGAUCUACAUGGUCAUGGACUACGCCGAGAACGACCUGAAGAACGUCAUGCAGACCAAGAUGAAGGCUCCGUGGCUGCAAUCCGAGGUCAAGUACCUGCUGCACUCGCUACUGAGUGCUGUGGCCUAUAUGCAUGACCGCUGGUACAUUCACCGCGAUCUCAAGACCAGCAACUUGUUGUACGAUGCACGAGGUGUGUUGAAAAUCUGCGAUUUCGGACUGGCACGCAAGUAUGGCUCACCAUUGAGAACUUACACGCAACUAGUGGUAACGCUGUGGUAUCGCUCACCGGAAUUGCUGCUUGGAGCCAAGAAUUACUCGACGGCGGUGGAUAUGUGGUCGGUUGGUUGUAUUUUCGCCGAGAUGUUGCUGAUGAAGCCACUGUUUACAGGACGAGGAGAGCUCGACCAAACUGAUCAGAUCUUUAAGCUGUUAGGAGCGCCGAACGAGGAGAACUGGCCAGGUGUCGAUGAGGAUGUACCCGAUGCAAGUGUGAGUGUACGUGGCAAGUGGCCAAAGCACUCACGACUGCGAGAUAAGUUCCCCCUAGCUGCUACGUUCUCGGGUAGUGGAUGUUCUCUAUCAAAGGCAGGGUUUGACCUGUUGAGUCGGAUGUUGGCUCUUAGCCCACGUAAGCGCAUUUCGGCCAAGGAUGCACUGGCACAUGAAUAUUUCCAGGAGUCUCCUCCACCCAAGCAACAGGAACUCAUGCCGACAUUCCCUGCAUAGAACAAGACUAGUUGACUUCAUUUGCGCUACGUGUUACUUUCCCACUCAACCACUUUGACUCGCUUCGUGUUUUUUGUAGAACGGUCACACUUGCCCACAUGCGGCACCACCUCCGUCGCUGAGGAAGUCCAGAUAUGCUUGGUCCUCGAACCGACUGGGUAGGAAUGCGUCCACAUGGUUAGCGAGGCCACAUCCUUCCAACUUCUCGCCCAUGACGUGUGUGGCAAGCAAGUGUCCCGACGCUGCGCUAGACAUGAGGCCAACUCCACUCAUUGCAGACUGUAAGAACACGCCACCGACGGUGUUUGGUGCUGGUCCGAUUAGUGGCAGGUUGUCCAGCGUCUUGCAGUAGUAGCCACCACUGACGUAGAACGAGUCCCGCACUUCAGGUCGCGUCAGAUACGACUUUACUUGAGGGAACAUCCUCGUAAGCCCGCGAACACAGACUUCGGGGAAUCUGCAGUAGCGUUGUUAGUCUCAAGUGCAUAGUCUUCACACACUAGAGUUAACUCACCUCCUGUCCAAAAUGUCUUCAACUGGGUAGUGCGCUGGCACGGGCUCGAUAUCGUACGUCCAGACUGCCAUCAUCUUAUCCCCAUUAUACGGACGCACAU